AUGGCUUCGCUUCACUCGAGUGCGAUGUCUAGUUCAGCCUCGACAGUUUCAAUCAAGAUUUCUGAGCUCCCAAUCCUCAAUCGAACAUACACCAGCAGCCCCUUGAUUAUUCUCAUCCCACCCAUCUCUCAGCCUCGCCCUGGCGCUGUCGCGCCGGUCCCCGGCUGCUUCCACGACUACCCAACCGCCGUCAUCAACUACCGGUGGCAGCUAACUGAGGAAGAGGAACCGCCUGAGAUCCCUCUCCACUGGCCCACCCCUCUCCACGACGUCAACUUUGGCUACUCCUGGAUCAUGGAAAACCUUGGCUCGGGAACCGACCCGAGAUCUGCGCCCCGUCCCGCCUACGUCUACGGCUCCUAUCUCGGCGCCAGCCUCGCCGCCGGCCUGGCCUUGACCGAGUCCCACGUACCCAUCCGCUCCCUGCCCAUGACCAUCCGCGGCUUGAUGGCCCACAACGGUAUCUACAACUGGACCAUGUUCCUCCCCGACCACCCCAUCCACAAGGCCAAACCCGUCCCCAACACCAAGCGCAAGAAUAACUACCCCCUCUACACCAGUCACGACGGCGCCACCGAAGAAGAAGGUAUCUUCAGCGACCUCAAGGCCCACGCACCGACCCUCUUCCGCGACCCCUCCAACCUCUUUGACCCGUUCGCCUCCGCCUGCCUCUUCUUCCAGACCGCCCACCUCCACGUCCCCGACGACUUCACCACCCCGCUCAGCGACAGUCACAGCGACGCGCUCGAGCCCAGCUUCCGCGCCGCCAUCGACUGCCCUCGCCAACCGCCCAUCCCCCCCCACUUCCACUUCCACUUCCACCCCCGAACCCCUCUUUGA